AUGCCGGCCAUGCUCGAUGAUCCGGCGAGCCCCACUAUCUACCGGGUCUCAGGCCAACCCCCGUACCCGGAUCCGAACAGUCCCGGCUUCCCGGCCGAUAUCGUGCCCCGGCAGGUCACCCUCCGAGACCGUCAGACCGUCGCCACCAUUGUCCCCUUUGCGUCAAGGCACCAGGUCCCGGAGUCGCUGCUCGCGUACUUGUGUGACCAGAUCAACAAGGAGAUUGAGGGCGGCGAUACGUACCCCAUGAUGGAGCCGUUCGCCGCCGACAAGUUCGCUGCUUACUGGUUCCAGAACUUUGGUGCCAUUAUGCUUCUUGGAAACGUCGAGCGGGCCGAGGAUGUAGUCGAGGGCAAGGACUGGUCCCGGGAAUGCCUGGGAAGCUUCUACAUCAAGCCCAACUACCCUGGCCGCAGCAGCCAUGUGUGCAAUGCUGGCUUCCUCGUCACUGACGCUUCGCGUAACCGUGGUGUCGGUCGUCUGAUGGGUGAGGCGUACUUGGACUGGGCUCCACGCCUCGGCUACACCUACAGCGUCUUCAAUCUCGUCUACGAGACCAAUGUGGCCUCGUGCCGCAUCUGGGACGCCCUGGGCUUCAAGCGCAUCGGACGGGUCAAGGGGUGCGGCAACCUGAGGAGCUAUCCGGGACAGCUCAUCGACGCCAUCAUCUACGGGCGGGAUCUGGCUCCGCGUGAAAGCGAGGAACUCGUGAGUGAAGAGCGUUUCGACAAGAUCAAGUUCUACCUCAAGUACGGCGAGUACCCGAACGGCGCUGACCGAGCCGAAAAAAGCAGGCUCCGCAGCGCGGCGACGCACUAUAAGCUCCUCGACGGCGACAAGCUCAUGCUCAAGGAUAAGGAGGUGAUAUCCGACCCGGCCCGCCAGUUUGAGAUUGCCCGUCGUGUUCAUAACCAGCAACACGGGGGCAUCAACAAGACCACCGCCACCAUUGCUGAGAAGUACCACUGGAGCCGCAUCAAGGAGACGGUUAGCGACGUCAUCCGAAGUUGCGUCGAUUGCAAGGAGUUGGGCAAGACACCUAAUCCAGGUGGUGCAAGGAAGUCUGCGUCUGCGAAUAACCAUGGUGCUGGACGAAGAUCGGGUGCCGGCGCAGUUGGUGGGAGUGAUCCUCAAAUACAAGCAGCGAGUCCGCCGAGUCAAGUGCUGCCGCUACAAGAUCAUAGCAUGAUGUCGACGCUAUCACAGCAACCAAGUCCAGAUCAUACUCCAAGUCCUUAUGCUAACCCUGCCGACAUCUCUCUCAUCGCGCCCCCUCACUCUCUACAGGGCAACUCGAUCGACCAUACGCUUCACUCACACCAGCAUCAUCAUACACUUCCUCAACAGCAUCAUCCUGCUCACCAUCAACAUAAUCCACAUCAACAUCCGCACCAUAACCCCAUGCUACAGGAUCCUCCCGGCCACCACUCUCACGACCACUCCGUCUACCAGCCCAUCGACCCGCAAAUCAUCAACCAGGCCUCACCGCAUGACCUCGCGCCUUUUGACCAGUACCACUCACCAGCUGACUUUCAAGCCUUGCUCAACGCUACCGAGGACGUCGUACCUACCGAACCUGACGCAGUCGAUCGUGAUCUUGAGAUGCUGAUAGAGCACCAGGAUGACGACGACGUUGUGGACGGGACGGUGAGCAUGAGUGGCAUAGGCAUGGGUGUCGGGACAGGGACGGAUGAUAGGCUGGAACACAAGGAGAGGAGCUUGUAUGAUGUUGGGUUUGGGGGAACAGGGGGUUAA